AUGACUGAACCGAAACCGGAUGAAUGGUUGCUGGAACAAGGGUUGGAGCCAGCCAAACUGGGACUUCGCAACCAGAGCGAUGUCAAAAUCAACCUAGACUCGCCGCAGACGGCAGACCCUAAUGAGACGGAGUUGCAACUCCGCGAAAAUGCCGAGGAGGAUGAUCCUACCUUUGUGGUCCAGGAAGAGCGCCCUGGCUGGCACGGCUAUGUCGAGUGGGAGGAUUACCCCGACAAGAAAGCCAAGGCUCACAAGCGCUUCCUGCGGUAUAAAUUUCCACCACCGCCCGAGUUCCAGCUUGGGCCGAUUCCGCCCACAAACCCUGUGUUGGAGGGCGUGAGAUGGAAGCUGUGGCAUAAAGCCAUUGGAGGAGCUUUGGAGAACGUUCCCGAGGAGAGCUGGGAGACUGUGCUCAAAGAGAAACAUUCUGGCAUGCUCCAUCUGCUCCAGUUCCCCUACAACGGCGAGCCGCCCAAGGGUCUGCUCAUCAACGAUCCCAUCACUCCCAAUGAGCUCCACUUUGUCCGUAACCAUGGCGGGAUCCCGGCCAUUGACCCCAGUGCAUUCGAUCUCCGCCUCGACGGCCUCGUGAAUAACCCGCAAAAGCUCACUCUGGCCGACCUGCAGGACGAGUCAAAGUUCCCCCGCGUGUCCAGGCUCGUCACCAUCCAAUGCAGCGGCACCAGGCGCUUCGAGCAGAUUCAGGAAUUCGCGGGCGAAGGGGACGAGAUGAUCAACGCCCCCUGGGCCGAAGGGGCAAUCAGCACCGCCUUGUGGACCGGCGUCAGCCUGAAAAAGGUGAUCAAGUACUGCGGCGGGCUCAAGGACGGCGGCAAGCAUCUCGAGCUGUACGGCGCCGACAGCUACUUCAAGGGCGGCGAGCUCAUGAAUUACGUCGUCUCGGUCCCGUGGUCCAAGGUAAAGGCCAACGAGGUGCUCCUUGCCUGGGAGAUGAACGGAAAGCCGCUGCCAAAGAUACACGGAGCCCCGCUGAGAGCUGUGGUCAUGGGCUACAUUGGCGCGCGGAGCGUCAAGUGGCUGUACCGUAUCAAAGCCAUCGAUACACCUAGCCGUGCGCCGGUGCAGUCUAGGGAGUAUCUUUACUUCCAGCAGCAGUAUGGCAAGCAUAACCAGCUGCCUCACUUGGGUAUCCAAAUCCAGGAGAUGCCGGUGAGCAGUGCCAUCAUGACGCCCUGGCAGAAAGAGGUUGUGGUACACAAUGGCCACAUUGAAGUGACAGGCUGGGCUUAUUCCGGCGGCGGACGGUGGCCAGAGCGAGUUGAGGUCUCGGCGGACGGUGGCCGGGUGUGGUAUAUGGUGCCCGUAGAGAACAUGUCAGCCAAGCACAAAUGGACGUGGAGGGCCUGGUCCGUUUCUGUCCCUUGCGAUCACGAGGGCUGGACAGAACUCGUCGUCCGCUGCUGGGAUAACAGUCUGAACACGCAGCCGAUGGAGGUCCGUCAAAGCUGGAACUGGGGCCUGCAUGUGACGAGCAGCUGCCACCGAAUCAAGAUUUAUAGCGUCAACGUGAGCCGCGAAGCGACGAGGAAGAGGCUGGCCGAGUUUGAAGCGCGCAAGGAGAGCUUCUUACCCAUCUCAAGGCCAACGGAGUUCAGGACCCAGACUUUGGAGGAGUAUAACAAGGUGUGGGAGAAGCUUGAGCCUCGGGAUGUGGAUGAUUGA